AAUAUGGCUGCCAUUGCUAUUUAUCGUCGUUAAGAACCUUAUUUACAUUAUGUGUACCUUGACAGAUAUAGAAAGGAGGGGGAAAAAACAAGCUCUUAUUAACAACACCUUUAUUGCGCUAUCGUCAUAUCUUACGUUGCACUUCUUAGUUAAAAUAAAAUCAAUAUCUAGAUAUGCCCGAUUUUAUUGAUCACAGUUUUUAGUUUUAAAUUGUUGGUAAGAGUUUCAUAGUGACAGAUCUGGUCCACAAGAUCAUUGAAGAUGCCAUUCCAGAGAAAGUUGUGGGCGUGGUGGCUUUAAUUUAAAUGUUACCAUUUAAGUUGUUAGGCUAGUGGCAUUAAGUCACAGAAAUUUCCUCUAGAUCUUAUGGCAUUACGACCAACUAUUGUGUGCUACAUAUGUGGGCGAGAAUUUGGCUCAAAGUCUAUUUCUAUUCAUGAAAAUCAGUGUUUAAAAAAGUGGAAUAUUGAAAAUUCCAAACUUCCACCAGAUCAGAGACGACCAACUCCUGUAAAACCCCAGCUUUUGCCUGCCAUUGGAAAGGAAGGGGCAACUGGUGAAAAUGAACGUUUUAAUGAGUUAGCAUGGAAAUCUGCUCAGGGAAAUCUUGCUGAAUGUGACAAUUGUGGACGUACUUUUCAACCAGAUCGCUUAUCAGUGCACCAACGCAGCUGUAAACCGGGCAAACCACUAAAGCCUUUGAAACAGUCUGCAAAUCUCAGGCCUGGGACAGCUACUCUUUCUUCACCUGCUGUUCUGAAUCUUGAUGAAGCCAUAGAUGUGUCAUCAAAAUUAAAUGAUACAACUGUGACAUCUCAACCUAAUCCCCCUAAAAGCGGAAAGUAUGCAAACAGACCUAUAAGUGCUAAAGGUAGGACUCGUCCAAACCUAUCACUAAAUCAAGGGGAUGAACCACUACAAAUAAAUGGACAUUCUAAGCAGGGUAAUUCUGAAAUGAAUAGACAAGGCACAUAUACAGCACCUGUUCAAAAAGGACCACCUCCAAAAGCUAAAAGAGGUCCACCAGGAUCUAACUUCAUAUUUUGCUAUAUUUGUGGGAGACAGUUUACCAAAGCAUCUAUUGGUAUUCAUGAGCCACAGUGCUUGGAGAAAUGGAAAAUUGAAAAUGACAAGCUACCUAGAGAACACAGACGACCUUUGCCCAAAAAGCCAGAAAUCCUUAAGGCUGGAGGAUCAUAUGAUGUAGAGGCAGCAAAUGAGGCAGCUUGGCAAGCGUCACAAGCUAAUCUUGUACCAUGUCCUAAUUGUGGAAGAACUUUUAAUCCUGACCGUUUGCAAGUUCAUCUAAGAGCCUGCAAGCCAAAGCCAGGCAGCAUGCCUAUACAAGAAACAAAUAACAAUUCCCUUGUUGAUAAAUCCAACUCUGGUUCAAAGAGCAGAGAGGAGUCACCUCAAAGAGGACCUAAAACUGUAAUAUGUUACAUAUGUGGACGUGAAUUUGGUACAAAAUCAAUCUCUAUACAUGAACCUCAAUGUUUAGAUAAAUGGAAGACUCAAAAUUCUCAGUUGCCCAAGGAAAUGCGCCGCCCAGUUCCCCGUAAACCUGAAGGAAAUCUUACAAGAGAGCAGAUGAAUGAUGCUGCAUGGGAGAAUUCAAAAAAUCAGCUUGUCCCUUGUCAAAACUGUGGUCGAAGAUUUGCACCUGAUCGUCUCACUGUACAUCAAAGGGCCUGCAAACCUAAGCCUGGAGCUGGAAACAAUAAUAACUCUUCUGCGCCAGUAAAAUCAGCACCAGUGAUACGGCGACCUCCAACUAUAAUUUGUUAUAUUUGUGGAAGAGAGUUUGGUUCAAAGUCUAUCUCUAUUCAUGAGCCACAAUGUCUACAGAAAUGGCACAUUGAAAAUGAUAAACUUCCUAAGCAAAUGAGGCGCCCAGAGCCACGAAAGCCUGAAGUUAGGGCAGUUGCAGGUAGUAAAAGUGGAACAUAUGACGUAGACGCAAUGAAUGAGGCAGCAUGGCAGAGUGCUCAGGCUAAUUUAGUUCCUUGUGAUAACUGUGGACGAACAUUUCUACCAGACAGACUUAUUGUUCACCAAAGAAGCUGUCGACCAAAGCCUUCAAAAGUUGAAAGUUAAUAAUGAAAUAGAUAUACAAUAUAUUUAUAUUUUCAUUCAUUUAGAUUGUUAUCAACACUGUGAUAUUGUGUACUAUAUUUGACCCUUAAGUAAUUCCAUUUCAGACAAAUGUAUACAUCAUGUAUUUAGAAAUAUUUAUUUAGCACUCUAUUUGCUACCUGUAUUUAAUUAUUCAUAUUAUAGAUGUAGUGAAAUUAAUGUUAUCAUAAGUGCCUAACUUUUUUAAAAUAGUUUUUUUUUUUGGCUAUUCACAUAAAUAUAUUUUUAGUUUAAAUACAUUAUGGACAUGUUUUUUCUUUAACCAUCUUCUCAUCUUAUUUUGUAUAAAUUAUAUAAUCUAGAAAUUCAAAAAAAAAAAGUAAUGAAAAUAUAUUUCAACAACAUGAAAGUGUAUCAAGAUUUUGUGAUGUUUUUAUUUUGUUUAAAUAUCAAUCUUCCAUUAUUGUCAUAAUUUUAUGAGAUUUUCUUGUUUACUAUCAUAACUCUGCAACUUUUCCUCUAUUUUUGGGCCAGUACACAGACUACACUUGCAGAGCUUUGACCUGCUUUACUGCAAGACUAAUAAUAAUCUAAGUUUUAGCAAACUCACAAGAUCUUCUUAUCCUAGACUUUUACAGUUGACUGGGAUUCAUUCAAAUAAUAGACAACUGUCUGGUUGUGAUUCACUCAAGUGAUUGUGAUGAGUCUUGGGUUCAAAUCCUGGUGAAGGUGGAUUUUUAUGGCGCCUCUGAGUACAAACUCUUAGCGGUACCUGACAUUAGUUGGGGAAUAGUAAAGGUGGUUGGUUUUUGUGCUGGCCACAUAACACUCUUGUUAAUUUUAACCCUGGGCCACAGAGACAGAUCAUCUUUACAUCAUCUGCAAAGUUUCAAAUGUACAAAUGAUUGCACAAAUCGUAAGACCAAUUUCCUUAUGGAUAAUAAAGAUUAUUAUUAUUCACUCAAAUGAUGGACAGUGAUGUAUUUGUGAGCCAUACACUACAUUAGAAUGUGGUGUUUAGGUUGCCAACUAAUGUUACAAAAUGAUAAUUUAUAGUUAGACUGUUUCAAAUCUUUCUCAAGUGUCUCAUAAUUGUUACAUGUGACAACCCUAGUGAAAUUGUAGAAAGUUCACUAGGAGCUCAUCAAACGUAGUAUAAUGUUAAAUAAAAAAAAAAUUAGGUUCAAAUUUUAAUUGAGUUUAGUAAUAAAAAAAAAAUUACCUGUGAUAUCAGAAACUCAGUAAAUUUUAGCAGUGUGGCCAUUGUAGAUAAUAACAUAAAACUAUCAUAGGUCACUUUUUUUUUCAUGAAAGUGAAAGUGUAUGGUGAUGACAAAUGACUCAUUACCAGUUUGGUCUCUAGAAUUUUAUGUACUAUUUUUGCGUUAUACAACUUACAGAAAUAUUUGUUACACAAUAAACCUUAAAAAGUAAACAUUUUUUGAAAACUUAGCACAUAUUGCUACUGCGAAUAAAUAUGAUUUAUACUAAGCUGAACAAUGCUGAUUCCUAAUGUUACCUCUAGAUUUUAAGUUAUCCAUACAAAACCUGUAAUAACUCUUAAUAUUCCUGUGAACAUGCCUCGACCUGUCAAGACUUGCUCAAACAGGUCUAUUAGCAAACCAAAUUAUCUAAAUAGUUUCCAAUAGAAAGGGAUGACUGUUUCUGAACUGUUAUAAAUAAUAUCAAGAUAGAGUUGGUACGUAUGUUUCCAUAUAGACUCUAGCAAGAGAAUUUGACCCGUGCCUUGUUGAAUAAUAUAACAAAAAUAAAUUAUAAUUGUACUUGAAUGUUAUGGAAACAGUUUUCCAUUGAAAGAGAAGUUCAGCUCAUUAAAAGCAAGGCUAGAAUAAAGGCCAGAGUUUUCAUUGGUCCAAAAGCAUAUGAACAAACAAUUGGGUUGCCAAAUGUCUUUACUUUGAUCCUCUACAUUCCGAUCUUGAUUUUUUUCUAAUAAAAGAUACAUAAGUGACAAACAUAAAGAUGGGUUCAAUAAAAGAUAUAUAUAGGCUGUUGUGUGAUAAGGUACUACUGCAGAUUUUAACAAUGGAAAAACAAGAAAGCUCAGAAAUGCAAAAUUGGAAGUAUUUUUGACAGAACUGUUUAUGCUUUUAAGUAAGAUUUUUAGAAAGCUUUAUUGAACUUGUUUAAUGCAAUGUUUACUAUGAAUACUUUUGAUGUAGAUAAUGUAUUUCUAGGAGUCUAGUGCAAUUUGUAUGACAAUAUUCAACCCUUCUAUUGACUACAUACAUUUAUGUAAAUCUAAGCAUAGGCUGACAAAUUUCCUGAUGUUUUACAUCAAUUUUCAUUAACACUCAUUGUAAUAUACGACAGGUUUUUGCAGGUGAAAAAUUAUUUUUUGCUGCACUGUGUAAUCAAUUGAACAUGUGACAUGUUAAUAUUCAAAACUGUGUAAAAUUAUAAAUAAUUCAGAGUCAAUAAUAUCUGCACUUUUAAUUUCUCAACAGCAGACUAUGUUGGGUUGAAAUGUAGUUUAUGGCUUCAGCAAUAAAAAAACCUUGCAAUUGUAAUGAUUUUCAAUUAUUAAAAUCAUGGCAAGCACAAAGAAAAUAAUCUUAAUACAUAUAAUUAAAACAAUUUUUGGGAAUAGCUCUACGUUUUGUCAGUAUUGCAUUGCUUAGAAUGUACUUUGUAUACCAUCCACAAAACUCAUUUACCUUACUUACUUUUGUUUUUAAAUAUUAACUCCUAUUACUUGUAGUUUGUGGCAUUGUCACUUUUAUAGCAAUUUUUAUUUCAUGUACUGUUUUGAAAAUAUCUAAAAAUAUGCACUUACUAUAUUAUAACAACAUGUUGACAAUAUUAAUCAAUAGCUUUAAACAGUUAGUUGAAUGUUUAGAGUAAAUUGUUGUUUACAUUCAAGCUGUGUUUUACUUCUUUCUGACAGUUUGCUAGCAAAGGUUGAAAUAUUUUGGAAAAUUCACAAUGUCGUUUUUCAUAAAAUGUGUAAUUAACAUAAAAAUCCACAUUAAUUGGUGGUGACUGUGGUCAAGUGCUUGGCUUCUCAAGAUUUAAUCUUGGUCAAGACUGGGAUUUGGAAUUUCAGGAUUUUUAGGAUGCUUUGGAGUCCACCUGACUCUAAUGGGUAAAUGUCAUUAGUUAGGGAAAGUAAAGGUAUUUCGUCCUUGUGGCAUUGAAGGUAAUCUUGUUCAUUAAUAGAUCUAGUCUAUCUACUGUCUAGGAAUUGUCCAUUAAUCUGAUUAAUGAAGAUUGAUGGUGUCCCUGUCCAUCUAAAAUGUCUUAAUCGUUGGUCAUAGAAAUACAUCACCUGCACUAUAGACCACAAUGGGGUACUUUACUUUUUACAUUAAUUAUGACACAAGAAUAAAAACAAAAAAAAAAAACAA